AUGGAUCUCUCCAGAGUGUGUCGCUUGGAUCUCGUGGUCCUCUGCCUAGUCUACUUGCUUCUAUAUCCAUUUGCUGUUUAUACUGAUGCUGCUCCUCCUUCACACGAUAAGAAACUAGAGCUGGAUAUAUUGCCGCCCUCAUUGACCAUGAAGAAUUUUAAUUCUGAGAUGGCUCAGGGAAUACAUUUUGUUGAGUUUUAUUCACCUUAUUGUGGUCAUUGCCAACAUUUGGCCCCCAUUUGGGAAGAAACGUAUCAACAGUUUUUGGAACAAAGCAAGACUUUGAAUGUUCAAAUGAACCAGGUGAAUUGUGCUGAAAAUGGCGAUUUAUGUGAACAAGAAUCGAUCAAAUUUUACCCCAAUCUACGAGUUUAUGUUUCAAAUAAGGACAAAAAUGGGGGAGACUUAUUACUUUCUUAUCCCAAAUCUCUAAGCAGAAACCCUGAGGAUUUUAUAAAUUUUAUGAGAGAUCUUGCUUUUGAAUACGGAAAUCUUGAUGAAUUACACUUCCCCUCAAGGAGCCAGUUAUUGCCAUCUGGAAAAUUCUUGCAAUUUCUUAAUGGUGAUCAUCCUCAAAAUUCAUCUGUCUUGGUUUCAUUUUGGCCUUCAACCGAUGACAAAUUUAGUGAUCUAAAUAACUCAAACGAGGAUUCAUUUGAUUUAAAAUCAUGCCCUUCCUGCUUAGAAUUUCAGUCUACAUGGAACUUGAUAUCAAAUCAGUUAUCAACUGAGACUUAUCAUUUUAAUUGUCAUUCUAAUCAACAAAUUUGUAAAAAAUUAGGCUACGACAAACUAGCCACAAUCAACUCCGGUUUUAAAAAUGUUGCUCCAAAGGUCAUGAUGAUUUUACCAAAACAAAACGGCAAUAGAAUAAAAUUCACAGGACUCAAGACUAAAUCAAGAAUUGUCAAUUUUACUAAAAGACUAUUGCAAAAUAUGAAGUUUGAAAAGGUAAACCCCAGGAUAUUAUCCAAAAAAAUGAAUUUAGUUUCAACUUUAGAGAACAAACCAAUUGAUGAUUAUAACUUAUUACCGUUUGAGAGAAACUCAAAUAAAAUUAGUUUUGUAUUUUAUUACAACCCAGAGACUGUUACACCAGAAGAUUUUGAAAUUUUAGAUUUUCUUUUGGAGCCCAUAAUGAGUUUGCCAGAUGUUUACAUUUUUACUUCAGAUGAUGGUAGUUUUAUCAAGCUACAAGAAAGACAGGGGAAUAAUUUAUUGAAAUAUAUAAAUUACAAUAAAAGUGAACCCAUUGAGAGUUUUAAUAAUGAAAGAUUUAUAAGUGAAACCACGACAUCAUAUCCCACGUUUUUAUGUUUCAAAGACAACUCAUUAAUCUCGUCAACAUUUCAAAAUUUUCAUCCUAGAGAUAUCAGAGAUUAUGAUUUAGUGUUAGGCUGGAUGAGAAGAAAUUCACUACCUAUUCUCAAUGAGAUCAGUAGUAAAAAUUGGAAACAAAUUGUAAGGAAUAAUAAGAAUAAAGAUGUGGAUAAGAUUAUUUUAUCGUUUAUUGAUUCUACCAAUAAAGAAAGCACAAUAAAUAAUAUAUACAAUUUAUCGUUAGGUUAUCAUGAUUUUGAGUAUCAUAGAAAGUCUGAGCUUUAUAAAGAGUUGAUUGAGAAUCGAGAGAAAAAAAAUCAAGAAAUUGAAGAAAUGAAAACAAAUUCCAAAAAGACUUCAUCAGAUGUUAUUCAUAAGAGUUCCGAAAUGGUUGAACAUUCAAAUAGAGGACAAGGUAUAUUUGGAUUUAUUGAUAUAAAUAAAAAGGAAAAUUUGAAAUUGAUUGAGGAUUUAGGGUUUGAUAAUAAUAAAAAGAUGGAGGAUUAUAAGGAGAACGAUGUAAUAAUUAUUGAGAAAAAUGGGAAUUAUUACUAUGAUAAAGAUUAUUUAAAUGAUGAGUUGAAAAAUGAGCCGUGGAGGAUAAGAAAUACGAUGUUGUUUUUAACAUUUCCAAGAUUAAAUAAAGAUAUUAGUAAAAUUAGUAAGAAUUUGAUUGACAGUCCAUUCAAUAGAUAUUUUCGAUUUAUGGAUUUUGUUCAUCAGUAUGGGGUAAUUGGAUAUUUGGUAUUGAUUUUAGCAGUAUAUUUUGUUAUAAAUGGGAUCAAAAAGUACAACAAGUAUUUAAGAUUGAAGAGGAUCCAUCAAAAGAAUCCUGGGUUAGGAAUAAUAGGGAAUAUAAAUGUGAGUGGAAAUGAUGGAAGCAAGUUCGAGUAA